GUGAGGCAGUCAAUUAAUUCAUUAUUCAUCUGGUCCACUCUGGAUUUUGCUUGUCGAGUUGUCCCAUACUUAACGUAAACCUUUGAGUUUUGAAUUUUUGAUAGAUUAGAUUGGGAUUUUUCCGAAUAAAAAUCAAGAGACUAUUUUUAUUUUUUUUUAUUAGGUUUGUCAAGAUUAGUCUCUAUGGCAUUGCCCAGAAUUUAGAUUCUUCACUUUUUUUUCUUUUCCUGAAAUUUAGAACUAGAAUCUUCAACGUUGACCCUUUAUUUAUAUUUCUGAGAAUAUCUGUUUUUUUUUUUUAAAACUUCCCUGAAAGUUAAAACCCAAUUUGUUGGAACGAUCAAAUUUUGGGUUUUAUCGAGAGAAAUUUUGGAUGGGUGUGGUGAAGGAUUACGGGGGACAAUGUUUAAUGGGUUUCAGUGGUUUAAGAAGAAGAAAGCAAGUUGACUCUGAUAAUCUCAGGAUAAAUCAUGGUGAUCAACAAUUAGCCAAGAGAUUAAAUAUUAUUGAUCUUGUUGGAAUUGGUGUUGGGACCACUAUUGGUGCAGGGGUUUACAUCCUCAUUGGGACUGUUGCAAGAGAACAGACAGGCCCCGCCCUUCCUAUUGCUUUCUUGAUAGCUGGGAUAGCAGCUGCGUUGUCUGCAUUUUGCUAUGCAGAGCUUUCCUGUCGUUGUCCUUCAGCUGGAAGUGCUUACCAUUACUCAUACAUAUGUAUUGGGGAAGGCGUUGCUUGGAUAAUUGGUUGGGCUCUAAUACUGGAGUAUGCCAUUGGUGCUUCAGUUGUUGCUCGUGGGGUUACCCCAAAUCUGGCCUUGUAUUUUGGAGGACAGGGUAAUCUGCCGGCAUUUCUUGCCCGCCAUACAAUAUACGGCAUUGUAAUUGACCCAUGUGCUGCAGCCUUGGUCAUCAUAGGCACGAUACUCAUGUGCACUGGAAUCAAGGAAAGUUCACUGGUUCAGACAAUUGUUACGUCUAUAAAUGUUUGUGCUCUGGUAUUUGUAAUUGUCGCUGGUAGCUACCUUGCUUCUAAGAGUGGAUGGGUUGGAUAUGAACUUUCUAAAGGAUAUGUACCUUUUGGUGUCAAUGGAGUGCUUGGUGGGUCUGCAACUGUAUUCUUUUCGUACAUUGGUUUUGAUUCAGUUACUGCCACCGCUGAGGAGGUCAAAAAUCCUAAGAGAGACUUGCCCUUGGGAGUAGGGAUCUCAUUAUCCCUGAGUUGUAUACUAUAUAUGCUUCUUUCUUUUGUUAUCGUUGGUUUAGUUCCUUACUAUGAUCUGGAUAAGGACACCCCGAUUUCAUCAGCAUUCUCUGCAUACGGCGUAGAAUGGGCAGCAUUAGUUAUAACAACUGGAGCAGUUAUGGCUCUGCUUGCAGCUUUGAUGGGGUCACUUCUUCCUCAGUCUCGAAUUCUGAUGGCCAUGGCUAGAGAUGGGUUACUACCAUCAUUCUUUUCGGAUAUUGAUAAACGUACACAAGUCCCGGUGAAGGGAACAAUGGCGAUUGGUAUUCUUGCUGCUGCAAUAGCAUUCUUUAUGGACGUGUCCGAGUUGGCAGGAAUGGUUAGUGUGGGUACAUUGCUCGCAUUUACUUCAGUUGCAGUAUCGGUAUUAGUUAUCAGAUAUGUUCCACCAAAUGAACUACAUGUCCUAGCAUCAUCUGGUGAAUCUUCUUCUGCUAUUAGAGGCCGUGGUCACGAUGUGCAGGGAGUUAAUGAUGAAUUUGUUAAAGGUCCUUUUGCUUUAUCAGGGGAUGACUGUCAAGAUUUAAUUCUGAAUAGAGACCCAUAUCCUGGAGCAACUGUUGACCAAGAAGCAUUUUUAGACAACCCAAAGGGGCAGAGAAGACGGAGAUUGGCGUUGUGGUUUUUAACUAUUAUUUUCAUAGGCGUUCUUUUACUUACAUCUUCUGCUUCAGCAGAAAGUCUUCCCAGUAUACAUGCUGCCAGCCCCUCUCGUGUCACACUUUGUGGAAUUGGUGGUACAAUCUUUUUGGUUGGGACGAUCGGCCUUGCAUAUAUAGGUCAAGAUGGUGCAGCAGGUGUAUUCGGACACACAGGAGGUUUCACUUGCCCAUUUGUUCCAUACUUGCCAGCUGCCUGUAUACUUUUGAAUACAUACCUUCUUAUAAAUCUUGGCACUGGCACUUGGGUCCGUGUUUCAGUAUGGCUUUUAAUAGGAACUGUCGUUUACCUUUCCUAUGGCCGAACACACAGCUUGCUGUUGAAUGCAUCUUAUGUCCCUGUUACGCAUACUGAAGAUGUACAUUCCCCUUGAUCAGAUUAUCCUUAGCUUUCAUCCUGGUUAUUCGCCGAAGAAAACAGCGGAUGUUUGCUGAACUUCCCAGGUCUAUAUUUUAGUCAUGGUGUGCUGGGAGAACUACAGUGCUGCUGUAUCUUCAUUGAUAAUGUCUAUUGAUAUUGGGAAAAGAAUUACAAGGAAUGUCAAUUUAUUUGUACAGCUAACGUUAUAUUUGCUUCCAAGGGUGUUCAAGGUCUCUAGAAGACUAGAACAACCACACCCUUAUAUUUAAAUGUAUAGUUCAAACCUUGCUGAGAAAAUACAUGUAAUACAGUAAUAGUUUCAUUGUAUAUAAGGUACCUUAAACACUAGAUAAUACUGUCUCCAAGUUGUAAAGCAUUAGUGGACAAUUUUGAGUUGGCUAGAAUACUGCCUGAAAAGAAGGAAAGCCUUAAAUUUGAUCUA